UAAAGCCAGGCCUUAGGCCACGAAUGAGGGUGUGGGCUGACAUCACUCAACGCCCCUACACCAUGCUAGCUUUUCCUGUUUCGGCAGGGAUCACAACUGAGAGAGAGUGAGAGAGAGUGCGCGAAGUUGCUUGUUGUGAGACUGGAGGCAGCAGCAUGGCUCAGCGGCUCACGGAGGAGCAACUCACCGAGUACAAAGAGGCCUUCUCACUCUUUGACAAAGAUGGCGAUGGGGCCAUCACCACCAAGGAGCUGGGCACUGUCAUGCGCUCCCUGGGCCACAACCCCACCGAAGCUGAGCUGCAGAGCAUGAUUGACCAGGUGGAUGCCAAUGGCAGUGGCACGGUGGACUUUGCCGAGUUCCUCUCGCUGAUGGCCAAGCAGUCAAAGGAUUCCGACAGUGAGGAGGAGAUCCGGGAAGCUUUCCGGGUCUUCGACAAGGACGGGAACGGCUACAUCAGCACGGCAGAGCUGCGGCACGUCCUGACCAACCUGGGGGAGAAGCUGACGGACGAAGAAGUGGACGAGAUGAUCAAGGAGGCCGACGUGGACGGAGACGGGAGAGUCAACUACGAAGAUUCUUGCAAUCCAACUAGCGUAAUCUUUGUCAGAAGCAAGGAGGAAGCCAUGGCUGAACAUCUCUCGGAAGAGCAAAUCGCUGAGUUCAAGGAGGCCUUCCUGAUCUUCGACAAAGAUGGAGAUGGUGCCAUCACCACAAAGGAGCUGGGCACCGUCAUGAGGUCUCUUGGGCAAAACCCAACAGAAGCCGAGCUCAAGGAAAUGAUCGAUAAACUGGAUGCUGACGGGAACGGCACUGUGGACUUCCCAGAGUUCCUGUCCUUGAUGGCCAGGAAGAUCCAGAACUCCGAUGGGGAGGAAGAAAUCCGGAACGCCUUUCGGGUCUUUGACAAGGACGGGAAUGGCUAUGUCAGCGCUGCGGAGCUGCGCCACAUCAUGACCAAGCUUGGUGAGAAGUUGACGGACGAAGAGGUGGAGGACAUGAUCAAGGAGGCUGACGUGGACGGAGAUGGGCAGGUCAACUACGAGGAAUUCCUGCGGAUCAUGUCCGGCAAGUGAAGAGGGGACCUGGGUCUGCAUACCCGAGGACAGUGGGACCUCUGGCUAUUUCAGUAGACACGUCUUCUUCUCCUUUGCAUGGUCUGGGUGAGGUGGUUUGGCUUAGUGGCUGAUCAAAUAUGAUUAAAUGGAUAAUGAGCGGUGGAGCAUUAAUUUGAUGAAAGACUCCGGAGUUCCAAUGCACUUUUUCCUUUCGCUUUCUCUGUGGCCUAGAGGGAUUUGUGGUGCGGCAAAUGGGAACUCGUUGCAUUCUUGCUACAAAAUGAAUUUAGAGGAGGCUGCCAACCACAGUCUAGAAUGGAGCCAACAGAUGGAAGGUAGAUUAUGAUCUACUGGGUGGACUGCAGAAGAUGGGCGAGGGGCAACCCAGCCAGAUGGGACGGGUACAAAUAAUAUAAUGAAUAUUUCUGAUGCCUGGUAGUGUAACAUCAGCAAGUGAAAAUAAAUUUUGCCGUGGCUGGUCUUGUUUUAAUUGCUCAACCUCAUCUGCAGAAUACAAGUAUUAUUAAUUGAUUGCUUUUGAUCUGUUCUAUCUCUCUCUCCCCCCCUCCCCCGAUUCCAACACUGCUAACCAAUAUUAAGAGUUUGGGGCCAGAAUAACUGAUGUGUCGUAUGUCAAAUGCAGAUUUGCACUUGUAGAAUGCAGGUCAUUUUGGUGCAUGACUCGUGGGUGUGGCUCUGCCCCUGAACCACCAUUUUGCACCAGGCUCUGAUAGGUGCACCCUGGAGUUUUUGUUAAAACCCCCCCGAAAGAAUUCUGAUGCCCUUGUUUCCUGUUUCUGUGAAAUGGGUACAAGCAAUGACUUGGAAAGUUCAGUGGGAAAGUGUUCUUACAAAUGGGGAGUACCAGUGUAAGGGGCUGAGGGUUUCGUAAAACUCUUUUAUUCCCCCUCCCCAAGCAGAGUAAUGUAAUGAGUUAAAUUUUAAUUGCUUAAAUGAAUAAAUAAAUAAAUUUUCCUGCGUGGGAAGGGGAUGAAAGGUUGGCAGUUGGCUUUUGAGCUCAGCUCCCAACUUUUCUGUCACGCUCUAAAGUGACCAAGAAACAGAGCUCAGAGUAAGUCUUUGUGAACAGAUGGGAUUCCUCAAGAAGAAAGAGAGGAGCUGUCUUUAUGGCUGCCGUCCCUCUGACUUCUCUGGUCCGCGGGGUUUGAACAGCCAACGAAAACAUCAGGUUCAGCGAGGCUAUAAAAAGAGCGUUGUGACAUGUAUUCAGAUGAAAUACAAUAGAAGGGCUGUGCUAUUUAUAGUGGCUUGCAAGCUUUUGUCCUUUGCGGUCUGCGCUGAACUCUGACGGCAUCAGAUAUUAAACGCUCGUUUGCUUGCUCAAGGAAGAAUAAAAGGGAAAGGAAAGAAGGAGUGCGUCACACGGACAUGUUUUCCAAGUAUACAUUGAAAAGGCUGGUGAUAAAGAUCGCCGAAUCUGGCUCCCUACCCACAAGUGAGGGGUGGGAAGUGAGUAAACCAGAUUGGCUGAAAUCCGGUUUCUGCUCUGACCGUGUUUCCAGGGCCCCCCCAAAUUCCUUGGAAACUUAGCAGACAGAGAGUCAUCAGCACUCAGAAGAUGUCCCUUGUGAUACAUCGUUGUAGGAGAAUCACAGAAUUAUAGUCCAAACCUCUGCAGAAAUACAGUGGUACCUCGGGGUACAGACGCUUCAGG